UCCCCCUACUGAUCCUACUUCUGCUACAAUAUAUAGGCAUACAUAGUAGCAUACAAAUUUAUUUGUUUUGUAAAAGUGCAUUUGCAGGUAGAAUUUUAUAUUGGAACCAAACAGCCGGGAUUCAUUUUAACCACUUUUUUUUUUAUUUCUCCUUCUGCUAGCGCCACCAACGCAACCCCGAAAUUAUCGCCAUAGAUGUUGAGGGCUGUCCGCAGCAGACGUCCCAAUGAGCAUCGACGCGUAGUAUUUGCGUUGCGAUGGUCUCUAGCUUUACGUGGCAUGUCAGGAAUCGUCGUAUUUUACGUGUAUUGGCGUCACCUCGUUAAUUUAAAGUGCGGUCUCUAAUCAACUCGAUAGUUCACCUCACCAAUGCCUAGCGACCGCCGCCUACGAACGACCCUUUGGCGCAAGCAGGCAACACGCUAGCACUACACCUUGCAAUCAUCCCCCGAUGCGGUAGCCAGGUAGUCUCUUUCACCAUGCACUGUGGUUCAAGAAAAAUGGUUGCAGCGUUGCUACUGCUGUGCCUCGCCCUGAUUGCAACGGCUGGUGUCGCAAGUUCCGAGGAGCCUGGGAACGCAAACGAGCCGAAAUCUCGCAGCAAGGAAGGAGAGGAGAAAGAAGUGCCAUCCCCUGCGUUGCAGGCUCCACCAGCAUCUGGCAGUCUGACACCUCACGAUCGGCUCGAAGGGACUGGCCAAUCGGGCGAAGCCGAUCGGUCGGACCACUUGGCCGAAAAAGAGGGAAGUCGGCAAGCCCCCGAACCGGUUCCGAGGAACCGGUUUGAACCGGUAUCGGUGAAGAGCGCCAGUGCUGAUGGCACCACGGGGGGGCCAGUCAUGCAGUCUGAGCGCAAAUCCGCGGGAACUCCGGAGUCGGAGGCGAGCAGCGAGCCGGACGAAGGGACGACGGGAAGAGAGGCGCCGUCUGGGAGACCAAAAGGCGACGACGCAGAAGAAGAGGCUGCCGACGGCCAAUCGGGGGCAACAAACCGCGAGGAAGAGACGGGGGGAGUCCCGCCCCCACCCCCUCCGAGAGAGCUGACGGAAAAGGAGAAGCAAGCCAAUGCCCUUCACGAAGCUGCCAUGGGGCUCCUCAACUCGACGCACCCGGAUCAAAAAAGGGCGUAUGAGCUGUUGGAGCAGGCUGCCGGACUGGGCCACCAGCCAUCCCUGGAAGCGGUGGGACAGGCCUACCUGUUCGGGGACGGGGUGCCCCACGACGUGGUCAAGGCGAGAGGCUACUUCGAGGUCCUGGCAUCCAUGGGAUCCCCCACGGGACAGAUGUUUCUGGGUUUCCUACAUGCUGUCGGCUUGGGAGUCGACUCGAACCAAGCCAAGGCCCUGGUGUACUACACCUUUGGAGCGCUCGGCGGCAACCCGUUUGCACAGAUGGCACUGGGUUACCGGUACUGGUACGGCACGAGCGUGUUGACGAGCUGCGAGGCGGCCCUCACAUACUACCGCAAGGUCGCCAGAGUGGUGGAGCAAGACGUGAACAAGGGGGGCUCCACGGUGAUCCAGCGGGUUCGUCUGCCGGACGAGGCGGAGAACCCGGGCUCCUCGCUGGGGCUCAUCGACGACGACCUCAUCCAAUACUACCAGUUCCUGGCGGACAAAGGGGACGUCCAGGCACAGGUGGGGCUGGGACAGCUGCACUACCAGGGCGGGCGAGGUGUGGAGCAGGACCAUUCCCGGGCCCUGGGCUACUUCACCCAGGCGGCCAACACCGGCAAUGCCAAUGCCAUGGCCUUCCUGGGCAAGAUGUUCCUCGAGGGAGGCCCCGUGGUCUCCCAGAGCAACGACACCGCCCUCAAGUACUUCACUAUGGCCGCCGACAAGGGCAAUGCAGUGGGUCAGAGUGGGCUCGGACUGAUGUACCUCCACGGCAAGGGUGUUCCAAAGGACUAUGCCAAGGCGUUCAAGUACUUCCUGCUGGCAGCCAACCAGGGAUGGGUGGAUGGCCAGUUGCAGCUGGGCAACAUGUACUAUAGCGGCCUGGGGGUGUCGAGGGACUACAAGAUGGCCAUCAAGUACUACACCCUGGCCUCCCAGUCGGGCCACGUCCUCGCCUUCUACAACCUGGCACAGAUGCACGCCACGGGCACCGGCACCGUGCGCUCCUGCAACACCGCCGUGGAGCUGUUCAAGAAUGUGGCGGAGCGCGGCCGCUGGACGGAGAAGCUGAUGCAGGCGUACAGCGACUACCGCGACGGCAAGGUGGACGCAGCGCUGGUCAAGUAUGCCUUCCUCGCUGAACUGGGCUACGAGGUGGCACAGAGCAAUUCAGCCUUCAUCCUGGACAGAGGAGAGAGCAACUACUUCCUGAAAAAUGAGACGUUUGCGUGGGCCCUGCUAUACUGGAACCGAGCAGCUACACAGGGCUAUUCGGUGGCCCGAGUCAAGUUGGGAGACUACCACUACUACGGCUACGGGACCGCCGUGGACUACGAGACGGCGGCCACGCACUACAGGCUGGCCUCCGAACAGCAGCACAAUGCCCAGGCCAUGUUCAACUUGGGGUACAUGCACGAGCAGGGGCUGGGCCUGAAGAAGGACAUCCACUUGGCCAAGCGUUACUACGACAUGGCCGCCGAGACGAGUGCAGACGCCCAAGUGCCAGUGGCCCUGGCCUUGGUCAAGCUGGGAUUGCUCUACGGAUUCUCUUACCUCAGGGAGCAACAGUGGGACCGGGUCCUGCCCAAGAUGAGCCCCAGCGACGUCCUCGGUCCGGACUGGGACCUGUACCUGAUGACGGUCAUGGCGCUGCUCCUGGGAGUUCUCGCCUACUUCAGGCGGGCCUAGCAAGACCGUCGCGUCGCACCGCACGUGCAACUAGUCGCCGCCACACGCCGAACCCACGAGACCGUUAGCGAGGAGCGACCGUGUGCUGCCAUUCGAACUCGUCUCUCGUCGUUGCGGUGUGCGGAAGACCCCAGUGGAACUUUUCAGGCCGUCUGCCGUGAAGGGGAUGGACGUUUCCCUCAGAAGGACUUCGCGGGAAAUAAAAGAGGAUACGGAAGGGAGUCGCACGGUUCUCCGUUUGUUUUCGAGAAAUUUCGUAGGUUCGUGCCUAAAGCCGGCAUUUGCUCUGGUGAUACCAGAAGCACCAAGUUAACUACACUAAGCAGCGUUACUGUUCGCAUCUCCAAUGCCCUAUGUAGUGGACUCGCAAUAAUUCAAACUCGGAUAUUUCGUACUUCCGGUUAAUUCGAACAAAUUAAAAUAUAUUGGUUCUUCCGCUUAUUUAUAAGCUGCUUAAUCCAGAUGGCACUUUCGCUUAGUUCAUACUAAUUGGUUCGUCGCCCCCCGUGUACUGCAGGAAAGCAACACCCACGAAGCUCGCGGUCAUUGCUUUUCUGCAGUACGCGGGUGCUCAGUGUGAAGGGAACUCGAUGGGACCAUCCCACCGCGAUUAAAGCAAGCAGAAAUGUCCGGACAAUCUGUUUUCGUUAUUUGUGCUUGUCUUUUCUUUUAUUUUUCUGAGAUUAAAGAGAAUAUUUUCAUAUGG